CAGCCCAAGCCCGCCACUCAGUGCCGUCACAAGAUGGAGAAGCUCCGGCAACGGCACCGUACACUGAAGAAGCGCCUCCGGCCCGGGUCGAGGUCGCGUUGGCCCUUCUUCGAUCUCAUGGAGAGCUUGGAGCGCGGUCCCAUGCCCAUCUCCUCCAGACCCAUGGCUGUGAUGCCAUGUCAGCCAGAAGAAGAAGAAGAGCAGCGUCAUGAUCGUCAUGGCGUUGAUGUUGAUGGUGAGGAUGAUGAUGAGGAGAAUUCCAGUAAGGUGCGGAGUAUUGAUUACAUACUACGGAGGCCCACGAUUGUGAAUAGGUUUUCUGGAGGACAAGCCUCGUUUUGGCAGGACACAGCGGCGAUGGCAGCGGCAGCCAAGAGAUCGAGAGACGCAGUGGACGGUGGCGGUGGCUACAAUGGCUAUGUGGUGGAGCCGCCCCAGAUGGGAGGAGAGAUGGCUUUGGAAUUAGCAGACGAAAUUAGGGCUUUUGCGAAAAGGUUCAUUGGGGUUGAGAACACGAGGAUGGAGAUCAUGAAGGAAACAGAGAGGUGUAGAUUGGAGAUGGAGAAGAGGAGGAUUGAUAUGAUUCUGCAAUCCCAGCAAAAGAUUGUUGACUCCAUUGACAAGGCCUUUGGCUCUUCUACCAACAAGUUGAGUAGCUAAUCUUGAUGAUUUGUUGCUCAUUAUCAAGUUAAUCUGUUUCGAAGGUUCAAUCUUUAUUUUUUGUUGUAAAAUUAUGAUCUUUUAGCUGUGUUGUUGUUCCAUUGGAUUUGUAUAGUUGACAGUUGAAACCCAGAAUUUGUAGAAUGGUUCUGGGUCUAAUUUGUUGAGGGAUUCAAUCCCAUUUAUGUGCAAUUGUUAUUA